AAAUUCAGGCUUCCAAACACGGGAGAGGGAAACCAGACUGAGAAGAGUUGGAAUUUGGCGCGCGUCAGUAAAUCUCAAAACAUCAUCAGAAUUCAAAGGAAGAAGAGAGGGAGGGCCGUGUGGGAGAAGGAAUUGAGAAUUAACUCAAACGGGCGGAUGAGUGUUAAUAAUCUGCCGUCGCCGUCAUCGUCUCUCUCUUCCUCUCCUCUCCCACCCGACGACCUCGAUGGUUUCCCCACAUUCUCCUUGCUAUCGGAGACAGACGACAGCAAUCGCCCGCUUCAAAAUAACGACGACGACGACGACGACGACGGCAACGGCAAAAGAGCUUUUGUUUCAGAUUUCUACAGCAGUGGAACAGACUGGUCGUGCCUGCUGCCAUCCGACGAAAGCAGAAGAGGAGGGAGGCUCAAACAGGCUAACCUUUUCCAGAUUUGGGGCUUCUCGAAGCCCCCGGUUCCCAAAUCCCCCUCGGAUGACCGCUCACCACCACCACCACUGUCAUCGUCAUCUCUUCCUCCCCCCAAAAAACACAAGAUGGCCCCCGCUAUAGAGUUAAAGCCUUCUCGGUCUGAUGUCCUACAACGCCCCAACCACCACAAUCGCCCCCGCCUUUGCCCUUUUUAUAAGAAGAUUCCUGGAACGCCCUUUGCUGUAGAUGCAUUCCGCUAUGGUCAUAUUGAUGGAUGCUCGGCAUAUUUUCUAACACACUUUCACUCUGAUCACUAUGGUGGCUUGACCAAGGGAUGGUCUCAUGGUCCUAUCUAUUGCACUCUUCUCACCGCUCGCCUAAUUAGAAUGUGCGUCUCUGUAAAUCCAUUAUUUAUUCAUCCUUUGGAGUUCAACGUUGAACAUGUUGUUCAAGGAAUUAAAGUAACAAUGCUUGAAGCUAAUCAUUGCCCAGGUGCAGCUCUGAUCCUCUUCCGUCUCCCAAAUGGACAAAACCAUUUGCAUACUGGAGACUUCCGAGCUUGUAAAGCAAUGCAAGCUUAUCCUGUUCUUGUCAACCAACGGGUUAAUGUGCUUUAUCUGGAUACAACAUAUUGCAACCCGAAGUACAAGUUCCCUUCCAAAGAAGAUGUGUUGAGUUUUGUUGUGAGGGUUACUGCAAACUUCCUUAAGAAGCAACCCAAAACCCUUGUCAUUGUUGGGGCAUACAGCAUUGGGAAAGAAUGUGUUUAUCUUUCCAUUUCUGAGGCACUAGGGGUUAAAAUUUAUGUAAAUGCUUCAAGGAAGCGGAUUCUGCAGUCUUUUGGUUGGCCUGCACUUUCUGAGAGUCUAUGUUCGGAUGGAAAGGAUUCACUUCUUCAUGUUCUGCCCAUAUCAUUUCUUCGAUUUGAGUACCUAAAGCAAUACUUGAAGACCUAUGCGGAUCAAUACACAAUGGUUUUGGCAUUUAGGCCAACAGGCUGGACAUACUCUGAGGCUAUUGGCAACCAGUUGGAUCUAAUCAAACCCAAUUCUAGAGGCAACAUCACGAUUUAUGGGGUGCCGUACAGUGAGCACUCCAGCUUCACAGAGCUGAGAGAGUUUGUUCAGUUUUUGAAGCCCGACAGGAUAAUUCCUACGGUGAAUGUUGGAAAUGCUGUUAAUCGUGAUAAGAUGCAGUCCUACUUCCGUGAAUGGCUGAAGGCUGGUGUUCUUGGCAGGGUUCAGCAAUAGUCCAGGUUUAAUGUCCUCGAGAAUAAAAAAGAACAAUUGGCUCAUUCUUUUAGAUUUUUGGACUUUCUUCAUAUAUAUAGAAGUAUUGUAAUAUAUGUUUUGAAUUUUAUUAAGAGCGAUCCAAGGUAAGAGCAAUAAAUUAAUUAAUACUGGCCCA